AUGGCUUCCGACGCGGCUACAGAUGUGCGGCAGGCGACCCGCGAGGAGAUGCGCGAUGCCAAACUCCCGCUCGCCUACAGAGACAGCUGCGCCCACCUUCUGAUUCCCCUCAACAAGUGCCGAAGAGAGACCUGGUAUGCUCCGUGGAAGUGCACGGACGAGCGACACAGCUACGAAAAGUGCCAGUACGUCGAGUUCAAGAAGCGAGUUGCCAAGAUGAACGAGCUGCGGGAGUCAAAAGAGGGUGCGCGAAGCAACUAA